AUGCACACAACUGCACUAUUCUCGCUAUCCAUUGCUGCAGGUGCUGCCGUGGUGCAGACAGCAACAGGCGUCUGGCCACAGACUGAGACCAGCCUAGAGGCUCCCGUUAGAUACCCGACCGUGUAUCCCGGCUACGCGACGGGCUUCUACCCAGGAACAUACAUGCCCAUGAUGGUGGAUUACGUUGCUGAUUCGGCCUUCGCUUCACUGGACCAAUACCCAAGUCUUGUAUCCGGUCGCUUGGUCAAUAGAACGACUCGUCUGCACCGGUGGGGACGGAAUUACACACUGCAAGCUGGGAAAUCUGUCAAUUCAAGCAAUGCUUUGGCGUCGUAUCACCCUGCUCAGCCCGCAACAAGCAGAGAGUAUGACCAAAGGCAUAACUUUACACAGUCUCGAAUUGUCGAAGCUGUGGGUAAUCCUUUGGCUGCAACGAGAUGGAUCACAAGUGAUCAGCUUCAAGCUGCUUACCAUGAGAUUACUUUGUUUGUCAUUAAGCGUGCAACUGGCCAGUCAUGGGAUGCUGGACGGGGCCGGUGCUCGGCCAAGUCCGUCUUCAGCAUUUCGUCUUUGCGCCCAGCUCUCGCGGUGAUAUUCUUGCUGCGAGAUGAUGCGAACCUCGCUCAUCUGAAUUGCCAUUUCAAAUCUGCUGCCAAUGGACUGAUUUAUAUAGUAUUCACUAUCGAUGUGAAGCCCGCAACCUACAACCAGUGCCACGCCGCAUUCUUUUCUCCCGCUCGACUCCGCUACGUUCAUGUGGGAAAGCAUCAGUAUAUCAGCAAUACGCACUCAUUAAUCUAG